CCGUCCUAUCACAAAAUCCUCCCUCGGCGGCGUGGGCACUGCAUCCCCAGGUCUAUCGUCGUUGGCUGCUGCCAGCGGGGAGCGAAUGAGAUGCCGGGCCUGUCCUCACUAAGCCUGGCCGGAAAGGGGCCGCUGGUCUACGCGAGAUUGCGCCUUUCCCGUAGGUGUCGCCUAAGUUCGGUACACUUUGCGGCUUCUCCCGGGGUAGGGAUGCCUGUGGAGAUUAAAAUCGCUCCCGUCACCCCAGUGUAGCUGGCACUGCUUCUCCUUCUUCUUCUCUCGUUCGGUAGGGUCCCUCCUCGCCGCCAUCUAAUUUCUUCGCUUCGUUCCUCUGCGUUAGCGGCGUCUGAGGCGCACCAUGCUCCGGCGAAGCCUCUCCUGACCAACUCCCUCACCCCUCUCCUAUCGGCGCGCAUAUCACCUGAAAUGCCUAUACCUCAGGCGGGCCAUGUCAAACCCGACACCUUCCUGGCUCCUCCGGUCGCAGAGGCUGGGGCGAGCCAGUCGCCGGUGCCCGAGCUUACCACGCAUCUUGAUAUCCCUUUCACCGCUGAGUCCAUCUCGAUCCUAGUGCGCCGGACGUUCUCUCGUAGCCUCGACGCCUCCUCCAUCGUGUUAGCCCGUGCCGCCGACUUACACAGACGAUCGGCCGACGUAAACACCACCAUUGGUGUCGUAGUCGGCAUUCUCCUAGCCGUCUUCCUAGCGGCCGCCGGAUCAUUUAUGUACUUCUACGGGAGGUCGAUCCGGACGGGUCGGAGGAGGAACCGUCGCCGCAGGUCGGCCGCCUCGAGGGGCUCUAAACUGGAAGAGGGCGGCGCCCCCCCCGGCGACGCCCCACCGCCGGAAUAGGUGGAUGUUUUGGAAUGUGGAUCGUCACGAGGAGGCUUGAGGGAGGUUCAGGGACUCCGUAACGGCGAGCGCAAACACGCUGUUACGAGGUUACCUUUUUUCAAAAAGGGGAGGGGAGGGGAGGGGGGCUGGG